GAAGUGGGGAUAAAAGUCAGCUCUCGACCCAGUCGAACACCAUUCCAGGACCAAGACUGCCACUGACCAUGGAUUUCCUCGGUGCUGUUGCCCUCUUCCUCACCAUCUUCCUGACCUGCCUCAUUCUCCUCUCGACAUGGAAGCAGAUGCAGGGGCGUAGCAAGAUGCCACCGGGGCCCACACCCCUCCCACUCAUUGGAAACCUGCUGCAAGUUGACACCAGCAACAUGCUCAAGUCACUCAUGAAGCUCAGUGAGAAGUACGGCCCCGUCUACACCGUCCAGCUGGGCACGCGCCGUGUUGUGGUGCUGUGUGGCUACCGGGCCAUGAAGGAAGCCCUGGUGGACCAGGGUGAUGAGUUUGGUGGCCGUGGGAAGCAGGCCACUUUUGACUGGCUCUUCCAGGGCUACGGUGUGGCCUUCUCCAAUGGGGAGCGUGCAAAGCAACUGCGUCGCUUCUCCAUCACCACCCUGCGCAACUUUGGUGUGGGCAAGAGGAGCAUCGAGGAGCGGAUCCUGGAUGAAGCCCAGUACCUGCUGGGGGCACUGCGGGACACCAAAGGGCAACAGCAGCAGGGCUUUGUCUUGGAGCUGCCCUACGCCCCUCCAUGGACUGCUCCCAGUCUGAGGGACCCUGGGUACAGGAAACCAAAUCCCACUUACACAAACAAGUUACGCAACCAAGAUUUUUGUGCUGGCACUGCAGGAAGUGGGGAUAAAAGUCAGCUCUCGACCCAGUCGAACACCAUUCCAGGACCAAGACUGCCACUGACCAUGGAUUUCCUCGGUGCUGUUGCCCUCUUCCUCACCAUCUUCCUGACCUGCCUCAUUCUCCUCUCGACAUGGAAGCAGAUGCAGGGGCGUAGCAAGAUGCCACCGGGGCCCACACCCCUCCCACUCAUUGGAAACCUGCUGCAAGUUGACACCAGCAACAUGCUCAAGUCACUCAUGAAGCUCAGUGAGAAGUACGGCCCCGUCUACACCGUCCAGCUGGGCACGCGCCGUGUUGUGGUGCUGUGUGGCUACCGGGCCAUGAAGGAAGCCCUGGUGGACCAGGGUGAUGAGUUUGGUGGCCGUGGGAAGCAGGCCACUUUUGACUGGCUCUUCCAGGGCUACGGUGUGGCCUUCUCCAAUGGGGAGCGUGCAAAGCAACUGCGUCGCUUCUCCAUCACCACCCUGCGCAACUUUGGUGUGGGCAAGAGGAGCAUCGAGGAGCGGAUCCUGGAUGAAGCCCAGUACCUGCUGGGGGCACUGCGGGACACCAAAGGCCUGCCCUUUGACCCCACCUACAUCCUGAGCCGCACAGUGUCCAACGUCAUCAGCUCUGUCGUCUUUGGGGACCGCUUUGAUUACAAGGACAAGGAGUUCCUCUCCCUGCUCUACAUGAUGCUCGAGAGCUUCCGCUUCACCUGCACAUCCUGGGGGCAGCUCUACGAGAUGUUCGCAGGUGUCAUGAAUUACCUGCCUGGCCCCCAGCACAAGGCCUUCAAGCUGCUGGUGGGGCUGGAGAAAUACAUUGAGAAGAAGGUGAAGGCCAAUGAGGAGACCCUGGACCCCAACUCCCCACGGGAUUUCAUUGACUGCUUCCUCAUCAAGAUGCACCAGGAAAAGCACAACCUGUCCUCUGAGUUCUUCAUGAAGAACAUCGUCCUCACCGUGCUCACCGUGUUCUUCGCUGGGACAGAGACAGUCAGCACCACCCUGCGCUACGGCUUCCUCAUCCUGCUCAAGCACCCGGAGAUUGAAGGUAACAGUGAGACCCAGUUCUGGGGCUAUACCAUCCCCCAGGGCACCGAGGUGUUUGCACUGCUGGGCUCGGCGCUGAAGGACCCCGAGCACUUUGAGAGACCUGAAGCCUUCGACCCCGGGCACUUCCUGGAUGAGAUGGGGCAAUUCAAGAAGAACGAGGCUUUCCUGCCCUUCUCCAUUGGGAAGCGGUUCUGUUUCGGUGAUACGCUGGCUCGCAUGGAGCUCUUCCUCUUCGUCACCAGCAUCCUGCAACACUUCCGCUUCGAGUCUCCCAUCGACCGCCAGGACCUCGACAUCUCCCCGAAGCUGGGCACCGAGGUGUUUGCACUGCUGGGCUCGGUGCUGAAGGACCCCGAGCACUUUGAGAGACCCGAAGCCUUCGACCCCGGGCACUUCCUGGAUGACAAGGGGCAAUUCAAGAAGAACGAGGCCUUUAUGCCCUUCUCCAUUGGGAAGCGGUUCUGUUUCGGUGAGAUGCUGGCUCACAUGGAGCUCUUCCUCUUCGUCACCAGCAUCCUGCAGCACUUCCGCUUCGAGUCUCCCAUCGACCGCCAGGCCCUCGACAUCUCCCCGAGGUUGAUGGGCUUUGUCAGCCUGCCCUGCAGCUACCAGGUCUGCCUUAUCCCACCUUUCCCUGCUCCUUGCCAUCAUCGUUCACCUUUCAGUAGGAAUUGUGGCAAGUGGGUAGGGUGGAAUGGGAUGAGCUUUGGGGCUCAGCACUUGCUGAUUUUUGGGAGCUUGUGAAAGGGCUGUUGAAAU